CUCUUAUCUUGGGCAUUCACGACAAUUUCUAAUUGCAGGUGAUGGCCCAGCCAGGGUCCGGCUGCAAAGCGACCGCCCGCUGCCUGGAAGGCACCGCUCCGCCCGCCAUGGCUCAGUCGGACGCCGACGCCCUGGCAGGCGCUCUGGACAAGGACGAGGGUCGGGCCUCCCCCUGUACACCCAGCACGCCGUCGGUCUGCUCACCGCCCUCUGCCGCCUCUUCCGUGCCGUCCGCCGGCAAGAACAUCUGCUCCAGCUGCGGCCUGGAGAUCCUGGACCGGUAUCUGCUCAAGGUCAACAACCUCAUCUGGCACGUGCGGUGCCUCGAGUGCUCCGUGUGCCGCACGUCGCUGCGACAGCAGAACAGCUGCUACAUCAAGAACAAGGAGAUCUUCUGCAAGAUGGACUACUUCAGCCGAUUUGGGACCAAGUGCGCACGCUGUGGCCGGCAGAUCUACGCCAGCGACUGGGUGCGGCGGGCCCGCGGCAACGCCUACCAUCUGGCCUGCUUCGCCUGCUUCUCGUGCAAGCGCCAGCUGUCCACGGGCGAGGAAUUUGGUCUGGUUGAGGAGAAGGUGCUGUGCCGAAUCCACUACGACACCAUGAUCGAGAAUCUCAAGAGGGCCGCAGAGAACGGGAACGGCCUCACGCUGGAGGGGGCAGUGCCCUCGGAGCAGGACAGCCAGCCCAAGCCGGCCAAGAGAGCGCGGACAUCCUUCACCGCGGAGCAGCUGCAGGUUAUGCAGGCACAGUUCGCGCAGGACAACAACCCCGACGCACAGACGCUGCAGAAGCUGGCGGACCUGACCGGCCUCAGCCGGAGGUCAUCCAAGGUGUGGUUUCAAAACUGCCGGGCGCGUCAUAAAAAACACACGCCGCAGCACCCAGUGCCGCCCUCCGGGGCGCCGCCGUCCCGCCUCCCUUCCGCCCUAUCCGACGACAUCCACUACUCCCCCUUCAGCAGCCCCGAGCGGGCGCGCAUGGUCACCCUGCACGGCUACAUCGAGAGUCAGGUACAGUGCGGGCAGGUGCACUGCCGGCUGCCUUACACCGCGCCCCCCGUCCACCUCAAAGCCGACAUGGAUGGGCCGCUCUCCAACCGGGGUGAGAAGGUCAUCCUUUUCCAGUACUGACGCUCCCUGCACUUGCGCAUCUGUCCAUGGGCACCCCACAGCUGUCCCUCAGCCGCUGAAAUGCAGUGUCCGAGCGCUGCCAGGAAUCCACCCACCUCUGCAUCCACCCCUCAUCUGCCGUCCCGCCUGCCACCAGCUGGGCCUGUGGGCCUGGCUGUCCCCUCUCCUGCUGAGAACCAGAACCCGCCAGGAGCACCGCGGAGUCCUCCUCUUGGAAGGCAGAGCUCCCUGAAAUUUGGAAUCAGGGUGAAAACAACAGCCCAGUUUUUCCAUUUAGACAGGACUCAUCUUCAACUGAAGCUGAUUAAAACAGCAAAAGGCCGGAUUGAAUUGUGCAACGCCAACAGCCUUCUAAUUUACAGGUUUUCUUUCCUCCCAUGUUGGCCUUUACUCACUACUUCCUUGGAACCGUCUCUGAAUUCUGAAAGCCGAAAACCCCCAGUGUUAUCCACUCUGUUGCUUUUGUCUGGAAAACUCUACAGUGUCUGUGGGAUGUCCCCAAAGGAAAGCAUAUGUUCUAAUUUUAUCAUUUCCAUCUGUCUGCUUAUGUCAAGUUAAAGAGAGAAAAGAGAACACUGACCAACCCUGAGAGGCCCAGAAGGGCAGAGAUGGAGGCCUGCCCAGACCAGGAGGUGGGGGAUAGGCAGGGGCCGGGAGGCAUAAAGGCACCCAUUGGUUUGGAGCUUGAGGAGAAGGAUGUGGCACAUCGGGCUGGGAGAGGAGAGAGAAAACUCGGGGUAUAAGUGGGAGACCCUCUUCCUACCUAGUUAUCCAGCACAUAUGUAUACAGAUGACAUAGCAGACGUGGUGUUUGAACUAUGUGACGACAUUUCCAAACG